UUCAGUAACGUAAACACAUCAGUUAGAUGGUUUGUAUGUUCUCAGCAGUUACUUGACCCAGACACUGCGCACGGAAUCAACGAUGAAGGCUGCAGGGGUAACAUUGAUGGCUUGCAUAAAUUCACUCGUUGUGUUGAUGUCAGGUGCUGCUAUAACGCAGCCGACUCCCACGGCACCCGUGACUACUCCCACGGCACCCGUGACUAUUCCCAUGGCAUCCGUGACUACUCCCACGGCAUCCGUGACUACUCCCACGGCACCCGUGACUACUCCCACGGCACCCGUGACUACUCCUACGGCACCCGUGACUACUCCCACGGCACCCGUGACUACUCAGCCGCCCAUUAACGAAUGUGGCGGGAUUUUGAACGGGUCUUCGGGAUCAUUCUCGACUCCUGGAUAUCCUUCGUCUUAUUUUGAUGACUUGGACUGUACAUGGACAUUACAUAUUCCUGUCAACGGUUCCCUCAGACUUGAUUUUCUAGAGUUCGAAACAGAGUCGAAGUAAGUCUUAGUCAUAAUUGGAUCUGAUAAGAAUUAAUUUAAAACAGCAUGUUAGCAAAGUAAAGUGAAGUAAAGUAAAGUA